AUGACAGAAGAGUGGGGAAAACCGGCGUUUGCCGCCAGGCGACACUAUGAAGACUCAACAAGGGGAUCUGCCUUUGUUUACACAAACAGCAAUCAAACAAGAGAUCCCUUUGAAGGUCCAAAUUACCACAUUGCUCCUCGAUGGAUUUACAACCUUUCAACAGUCUGGAUGAUGAUUGUGGUUGUUCUAUCAGUCUUCACUAACGGUCUCGUCUUGGUGGCAACAGCAAAGUUCAAGAAACUCCGUCACCCUCUGAACUGGAUCUUGGUCAAUCUUGCUGUUGCUGAUCUUGGAGAGACAGUAUUUGCAAGCACAAUCAGUGUAUGCAACCAGUAUUUUGGUUACUUCAUUCUAGGACACCCAAUGUGCGUCUUUGAGGGCUACACUGUCUCAGUUUGUGGCAUUGCUGCUCUCUGGUCCCUGACUAUCAUCUCUUGGGAGAGAUGGGUCGUUGUCUGCAAACCUUUUGGAAACGUCAAGUUUGAUGCCAAAUGGGCCACAGGUGGAAUUGUAUUUUCCUGGGUCUGGUCAGCUGUAUGGUGUGCUCCCCCCAUAUUUGGAUGGAGCAGGUACUGGCCUCACGGACUGAAGACUUCCUGUGGACCUGAUGUAUUCAGUGGAAGUGAGGACUCUGGUGUCCAGUCCUAUAUGAUUGUUCUUAUGAUUACAUGUUGCUUAAUUCCCCUUGCUAUCAUCAUCCUUUGCUACCUGGCGGUCUGGUUGGCUAUCCGUGCUGUUGCCUUGCAGCAAAAGGAAUCAGAGUCAACCCAGAAAGCUGAGAAAGAAGUAUCCAGAAUGGUCGUUGUCAUGAUUUUGGCAUACUGUUUAUGUUGGGGACCUUACACCUUUUUUGCCUGCUUUGCUGCGGCAAACCCUGGAUAUGCUUUCCAUCCUCUGGCUGCUGCCAUGCCUGCAUACUUUGCCAAGAGCGCCACCAUCUACAACCCAAUUAUCUAUGUCUUCAUGAACCGCCAGUUCCGCACAUGCAUCAUGCAGCUUUUUGGCAAAGAAGUUGAUGAUGGCUCUGAAGUAUCUACAUCAAAGACAGAGGUCUCGUCUGUGGCUCCUGCAUAA